AUGGUGUUAAGCGUUGAAACGGAAGAAGAAGUAGUCGAGCUAUCCCAAUCGGUACGUUAUAUCCACAUGCAGGGUGGAUUUGAAAUCCGCAACUGGGUCUCCAACUCAUCGCUGGUGCUAUCGAAAAUGAAUGUGGAGCUGUCAACAGCAAAGGAUUCGACUAUAAUUUCCGACUUACCGAGCCAGAAAAUCCUCGGUAUGUGGUGGGAUACGCAGGAUGAUGUGUUCAAGUACAAGAUCGGAUGGACGAGAUUUGAUUCAGCGCUUCUCGAUGGAAGUCGUUGUCCCACCAAACGGGAGAUCCUUAGGACACUGAUGACCAUCUACGAUCCUGUAGGGCUGAUAGAUCACUAUUUGGUUCUACUGAAAAUCCUGCUUCAGGAGGUGUGGCGUACUGGGAAUGAUUGGGAUGACCCUAUCCCUGAAAAUCUGUUCGAGAGGUGGCGUACGUGGAUUCGUCUUCUCCUGGAAUUAGAGAAACUACGGAUCUCAAUAUGUUACCGGCAAGUUGUAUUGUUGAUAGAAGAGGCUGCAGUAGAUAUGCACGUCUUCGUUGAUGCCAGCGAAAGUGUUAUGUCAGCCGUUGUGUUUCUGCGAUUUACGAAAGGUGACCAGCUAGAAUGUUCUCUGGUUGCGGCUAAGACUCGAGUAGCACCGAUGAAAUACACCUCGAUCCCUCGGUUAGAGCUGCAAGCCGCAGUUCUGAGGUGUCGAUUGGCUGCCAACGUAACACGAAACCUGACUAUGAAUAUCUCUAAGCGUACAUAUUGGACCGACUCUCGAAAUGUGCUCUGUUGGCUGCGUGCCGACCACAAGCGAUACAGUGCUUUCGUCGGAUCAAGAAUCAGCGAAAUAUUGGAAUCGACGGACAUCCACGAUUGGAGAUGGGUUCCGACUCGAUCUAAUGUCGCUGAUGAUGGGACCAGAUGGCGAGAUCGACCUGAUCUAUCGUCGGAGAGCAGGUGGUUCAAGGGUCCAGAGUUUUUGAUGCAAGCAACAGAGAAGUGGCCCAGCCUUCCAGUAAAGAUCUCUACCGAGGAAGAGAUGAGACCCAGCGUAUUGUUCCACAUCAGUGUUUCCGAAUCGGUAAUCGAUGUCAGCAGGUUUUCAAGUUGGCGACGACUAUUGAUAGUGACCGGAUACGUGCUUCGUUCAUUCGUACAUUCAACGAAGCUGUAG